CUGCCCUAUGACUGUAUGAGGCUUUGGGGGGACUUCCAGACACAAACCACAUCACCUUUCUUCCUCAAAAAUUCAUACUACUAAUGGGAAAGGUUUCUGUUGCAUAUAAUACAACCACAUGUAAUUCUGUAUAUGUAGCAAGGACUGUACGGGAUGAACUUGCCAGAGAGGGAACCUGCUGUCCCUCAGAGAAAAUUCACUAUGAAAGAAGCAGGUCUUCAGUUCUAUAAGCAGGGGAGUUUCUUGGGAUUAUAAGUGAGUCUCCAUUAACCCAAAGGAGAAAGCAGCUAUAGACUUAGUGAAAUUUGCCUGUUAAUAUGAAGAUACUUGUGUCUAAGGCUAGAGAGUCCUGGGGAUAUAUGAACUGUAUGUAAAUAAUUUCACAGUAUCUGCCUAAUCUCCAUCCUACCCGAUGGUAAGUCCUCCCUUAUCCCAGAAUCAUUCUAAGGUCCUCUUAAGCAUUUUAAGCACUUAGCUUUUUCUUCCUUUUGGCCAGACAGGCAUUCUUGAGCUUUCCACCCCUGGGAUCUUGUCCUGGUGCCCCCUUCUACCUAAUAUUGGAUAGUGAGCAAACCAGAGGGGAUAUUCUGAAUUCUUAAAACAAUUUUUAUUUUUCAGUAGUACUGAAGAUUGAAUCUAGAGCUUUUGCACUGAACUACAUCCCCAGUCCCCCACCAUCCAUUUACAAAUUUUUAGGACAGGGCCUAAGUUGCUAAGUUGCGGGGCUGGGCCCAGACUUGUGAUUCUCCUGACUCAGCCACUCAGAAUGCUGGGAUUACAGGUGUACUACACCACACCUGACAAUUCAAGUAUUUAGUGAACACUUGCUCCGUGUUAGAUCCUGGUAGGUCCUGCAGAUACAGACAAAUAUAUAUGGCUUCUAACCUGGCAAAUCAUUGAGCAGUAAAUUAUGCUGCAAAAUAGUAAGUGUUAUGAUAGAUACUCUAGUCAGGCAAUGCUCUGGGCUUUUAUCUGUGGAAUAUCCAGCCAUCAAGUCCCAGAAUUGUGCACUGUAUUCUUAUUAAAGAGUCAUCAUUCGAAAUUAUAACAAAUAGGAAUAAAGGUGAAAGGAUUAGCCAAGAGAAUAAGAAAUGUGGAUUAAGUUACACAAACCAGUUGAAAAAACUGUGAAUGUGUGCGUUUUAAUGAAAACUACACCUCGAAGCACUGCUUAGCGGAAGGUUUACUCAGUAGUGACAGGUUAUUGCUAAGCUACCAAAUACUACAUAGAUAUUCUCCUUCUGAGAAACAGUAGGCAUAUGAAGUAAGAGUAAAUUCCAUUUUGUGAAGAAUGACCAAAGCUGAUCACAAAAGCGUUUUCCAAAUUUUGGGCCCCUUCCCAGCCCAGGGGGCUGGUUGAGCUGGUUUCUGCGCAAAUUCUUUCCAUACAACAUUUGCAUCAAAUACUGCACUCUCUUUUUCCACGUGGAAUUUCCAGCAUCUUCGGUACACAAAUUUACUUGUCACUGUGACCAAACCAAGCAGAGGGCAAUCCGCCCAGACCCGGUUUCCUUGGGGGCCGGGGACCCAGAAAACAGCGGAGGAAGAUGCGACCUGCGACUCACUUCCGGGGUCGGGUCUGGCCCUAACCGGAAGUGCUUUCUGUGGUCUCACCGGUCGCCCCGCCCUUUCGCUUUUGCCCUAACUGGGGCGGGACUUCCGGCCUUGUGUCCGAGGCGACACAGUGCGGCUAGUAAGGACGUCUGUCGCUAUGGCGGCGGACCGAUCAGCAGAUUAGCGGCCUUUCUGCGCGUGUGCUCACUCACUCGUAUGCUCUCCACUCUCCUCAGGCGCCCUCGCGUGUCUGUCCAUUUCGGGACGAAGCCAUGGAGGGGCCGCCGCCGGCGCCGCUCAGCCGCCUCCUCGGGACGCGGGCUGCUUUCCCCCGGGUCUUUGCCGCCGGAGCUGUGGCUGCGGAUGCGGAAGCCGACGGGAAGCCGCAGAAGCCGCCUUUCUACAUCCCAGAGCCCCGUCCUAUGGAGUCCGGGUGGGACCGCCUCCGGGAGCUGUUUGUCCGAGAUGAGCAACAGAGAGUUUCAGAGGAGCUUGAGAACAUCUGUAAGGCGGCAGCUUCCGCUGGCAUCAUUGGCUGGGCGUAUGGGGGAAUCCCAGCCUUCAUUCAUGCUAAGCAGCGCUACAUAGAGCAGAGCCAAGCAGAGAUUUAUCAUAACCGGUUUGACGCUGUGCAACGUGCGCACCGAGCUGCCACUCGAGGCUUCCUCCGGUACGGCUGGCGCUGGGGUUGGAGAACUGCGGUAUUUGUGACUAUAUUUAACUCAGUGAACACUGGACUAACUGUGUACCGGAAUAAAAAUGCCCUGAGCCACUUCGUCGUGGCAGGAGCUGUCACGGGAAGUCUUUUCAGAAUAAGCUUAGGUGUACGUGGCCUGCUGGCUGGUGGUAUAGUUGGAGCCUUGUUGGGCACUCCCGUGGGAAGCCUGUUGAUGGCGCUUCAGAAGUACUAUGGCGAGACGGUUCAGGAGAGGAGGGAGAAGGACCGGCAGGCCCUGCACGAACGGAAGCUGAAAGAGUGGAGAGCCAGACUGCAACUCACUGAACUCCUGCCUGAGGAGAUCGAAAGUAAUUUACAGAAAAAUCAAUCCCAGGACGAUGCUGAGAAAAUCGAAAGCCUGCUGAGCCUCCCUAGAAACCCUUCACCGGAUAAACAGGGCGAGGACUGAGAACGUUCUGGAACUGAAGCACCCGGGGGAGUUGAGUGCAGCUGUGUGGCCGCGUCCGCCGAUGCCAGUGCCAAGACAUUCUUAGAUCAGCCUGCGAGAGGCGUAAAGGCUGGUGCCUGUGGUGGCAGUGACUUAUUUUUUGAAUGGAGAAUUGGACUCCUGUACUCUCACUUACCCUUAAAUUUAAAUUCAUACUUAAAUCUGUAUCGGUCUAUUGAUCUUUACCCUGGAUCUUAUAAAAGUUACUAAAACUUUUCCCAAAAGGUGAAAGUUGAACUCCAUGGGUUUUGUGUUUGCUCAUGUAGUCCUUUGAAAGUGUUCUCUGGGAAUGACGGGGAGGCGAGGAAAGAACCAGGCACGGAAACAGCUGGGAGUGCUCCGGCCCUGGAAGCGGUGAGGGCCUAAGUGCAUAGUGGUGCUAGUCUUGUUUUAGCAAGGAUCGAAGAUGACGACUGCCAUUUGAACUAAAACACCAACUGAACCAAAAGGAAGUAGGUCAGACAUUGUGACACACUCGGACUUGCAAGAUGUUGGUGCUGUAGUAUGCAGGAGCUGCCGGGAAAACACCAUCCCUGCACGCAGGAGUUUGCUGCCUCAGAAGGAAAACAGGCUGGAGUUCAGCAGCUCGUGCACGAGGAGGAGACGGAUGACGGAAAGAAGUGUGCAUCAGCCCCUCGUUGCUGCGGUUUUGCUUUCUGCAGCUGAAUUACUGUGAUCCAAAAUUACUACAUGAAAAAUUCCAGAAAUAAACCAUACAUUUUAAAUUAUA